CCGCCAUCAACGCCGUUUCCACGCUUUGUAGGGUGGGGAAAGUAGCGCAAAAUGGCAACGCCAGGACAGAAGGAGAGAGAGGCAGAACUUCACUCUGUGCUCAAAGCAGCGAACCUGCUAGACUACUACCAGAGUUUCCUCGAACAAGGAGGCGAUGACAUACAGCAGUUUUGCGAUGCAAGCGAAGAUGAAUUCAAAGAAAUUAUCGCCUUGGUUGGCAUGUCCACGAAGCCCUUGCACACAAAACGACUACAGAAAGCUUUGGUGGAAUGGAAAAGCAAGCGAGGUCAUUCUCCUUCUGGACGAGUUUCUGCCGGAUCUUGGAUGGACAAGUGGUCUCCUUCACCUCAAGCCAAACAACCAGUUUCUACUCCGUCGCCAGCGGGAACGAAAGGGAGAAAGAGGCUAAGUAGCUCUGGCACUCAAGGCGGCCCUGAAAAGCGAGUUGUUGAGCUGAAACUGCCUCCGAUGGAAGUUAUCAUAGACUGGGAGAAGCUGGACCCCGAAAGACAACAGCUGAUUAGAGAUCAUUCACGCAUCUAUGGUCGAGACUUGAAGAAACGCAAGACAGAUGCACUAAAUUCGCAUGAGCAAAUGAUCAAUGAAGCAGCCGCUCAACUUUGCCUGCGCGAUCCGACGCUGCUCGUCCGACGCGAUGAGUUGUUUACAAUGGCAAGGCGAGUUGUCCGGGACAGUGGAUUCACGUUUGUCCAUGGGCAUUCGAGAUCAAAAUUUUCCUCCACUUCUUCUGAAGAAAUGGAAGGUGAGUUAAAUGAUUUUCGGGUGCUUUAUCUGUUUAUUGUGAGCAUAAUAUCUUGCAUAAAGCCUUCUUCUCUGCAGGCGUGAUCCUUCAUUCUUUUUUGAAAUUUGAGAAGUCCUCUUUGUUUUCGAAUGGUUUCGAAGGUUUUUGGUUCGAAUUUCGAAACCGUGUGAAUUUUGUGUAGUCACUGGUAUUUUGGUUUGUUUUGGAAAUGCAAGUGUUAAAACUUGAGCUUGGAAGCCCCAAGAUUUUGUUGGAACUCUCAGCUUUCUAUACACCGAUUCUUAUGUCUUAUUGGGGAAGAGAUACAAUGUACUUGUCAAUCAAUCAAUCACAUAACAUCACAGCCACAGCUGAAACUCGAACUCAUAAAAUUAAUGCCCAAUUAAACACCUACUGGUUGUGUUUCCACUAGGACAAUUUAUUAUAGCGACUAUAGAUAUACUUGAAAAGCCCUAACCUGUGUACAAAGUGUUUCUGCACAAGGUGAGAAAAUGACAUGAGAGCCAAAAAAAAAGAGGAAUUAAGGGGGAGGGGAGAGAAGGAAACGCUUGUCCGCAGACCCAAUGAUUUUGAAAAACUGCGUUUGCCCAAGAGAGCAGCUUCUGAUUAGUGCGGUGCUGAUAGUGUUGAUCAACUAAUGAUCAAUACAUCAAACCAGGUAUGUUUUGUUCUUGUGUGUGUAAGAUCUGGUCUGAUCUGAUCUCUGGUCACUGAUUAAAAAUGCUUUGGACCAAUAUUUAUUUCAAUAAUGUUUGUGUGAGAUCAGAUCUGAGCUUAAAGGAGGCCUUGCUAGCAUUGCUGUCACCAACCAUCAUUACAGUUUUUGAAAAAAGAUUCGCAGCGGCUGUUCAAGAUCAUAUUUCGAUCUUUUAACCCAACGCAUGUGACACAUGUAAAUAAGUACCUUCACAUGUUAUGCACCAAAAAUAAUUUUAAUUUUGUCUCUAAAGUUUAAUAAUUUAUAAUUUUGCAGUUAAAGUUUACGUGGUCGAGGUAAUUCGUUCAGUACAAUUUCAACCUUGAACUUGAAGGUGCCCUAAAAGAAAGUUAAAACAACUAUGUUCACCAUGUUUGGGAAAAACAGGCUCCAUAUAAACCAAAAAUUUGACGAGUAUGAUUUAAAUCCUUGACUUGUUUGUAAACAAAUUUUUCAGCUUUGCUUUUCUGAUAAGGAGGCCGAUCAUUAUUUCCCAAUAGUAGCUUUGGCUUUCAUAUCAAGAAUGACUGUACAAUGAUGCAUGCAAUGUAGCACAAUAAGUUGCAUGCUUGAGUUACCUUGCAUUCUACACUGUAGCUCUUGUUACUGAAGGUUAACAUGCUUUCUGUGUUUGCCUGCUCAUUCUUCAUUGUUCUAUGAUGCCUGCUUCAUUGUUUUUAGUGUGAUGUGAGACAAAGGGUGCUCUAGCAUGCUUUGUUAGCAUGUUACAGUCAAUUUUUUUAUGUUUUUAAGUGGAAGCGUGUUGUGAGCACAUUAUCGUGUUUGUCCCGGAAAUCAUAUGGAGGGUCACAAAUGCAAAAUGCUAUUGGAAGUAAAAACAAGAGCUUUUCUUGCCUUUGUGAACAAAACUUCAUGCAAAGUUAUACUACAGGGCUGUCAUUAAGGGGCGGAGGCUGGGGAUUUCCCCCGGCUACCAUGAACGUGGCUCCUGGUUACUUUCAAAGGAAAAUAGAAGAAAAAUAGAAGCAAAAAAAAACCCUAGCUGCUUAAUUUCGACCUACUUGUUAUAUUUACCUGGCACCACGAAAUGUUAGUGACUACCCUGUAUAUUACCUCGUAAGAUGGUAUAAACUUGUCCUCAUAAUGUACCAUAGCCAAUCAUGUUGCGGGUAUAGGCCCGGUUAGGGUAAACCUCCAACAAAUGGCAUUGCCUUGAAAUGGUAACAUAAGUCUAGAUGAAGUGGCAACAAAAGACAUGACAAUGGGUUAAGUACCGACAGGGACAUGGCCUAACUUGAAACAACGAUAAAACAAUCUGGAAUUGAGACUAGGGAUAUAUGUACCCCUCCCCACCCCUUCCUUAGAGGGCCUCGGUAGUGACAGACACCUGCCAAAUAACAGUGUUCUCCUUAUCAGGCGGUAACCGGUAAAAUUUACCGUCUGAAGCAACACUUCUUACUGCCUGCAACCGCUUGAAUUAGGUUUACUAAAAUUAAAUAAGUUGUUUUAAAAAAUAUGUAAGUUGUGAUCUGAUCCAGUCAAGGUAAUGAACGAAUAUAUGGAAGUGUACUAAAGUAUACACAGCUUUUCUAGAGCAUUGUGUAAUAUUAUUGGAAUCAAAUUUUUUAGUGUUGUCUAAAAAUAACAACAGCUGAUUUACGUAAGGUAGGUCUUAAAUGAGGGAAUGACAUUUCAGAGAACUUAGGUCCUAAAUUUCACAGCAAGGUCAAAGCCACGUCCCCCACUCCACUACCUCCCUCCCCCAGGAAAGUGCGCUUCUGCCACUCUUUUUUUUUUUUUUGCCUUACUGCCUAUGAACGGUCCCUCACCUGCUGAACAAAAAUUUAUGGAGAAAACUGAAAUAAUCUAACAAAAUUAUUUACCAGACACUCCCCAUUGCAAAAUUGUUUUUUGUAAUUUGAAAAAUUGUUGUUUCUGAAAGGAGCUAAGAAGAAUCAGGCAUCACAAGCAAACAAACUUAAGCGAGAGGAAAGACUGGGUGAGAUUGAUGACCUUUUACAAAACAACAAGAUAUUGCAGGAGCAGAUAAUGCAAAAGCUAGAAGAAGCACGGGCACUAAAUGCCACAAAUGAGGUAAGGCAAAUGUUACCAACCCAAUCUUUUUAUAUGUAAUGUUACAUGUACGUCUUUUAAUAAAAAUGUGAAUUAUCUAAGUGGACCAAAAUAUUUUGUAUGUAACACAUUGCAAAGUACAACUGGAACAGUUCUCUGAAGUUUUCUUACAAAAUAAACUUAAAUACUUGAUGCACAUGCAUUGUGAUUAAACUGGAGACAAGAUCAAAAUGGAAAAGCUGACAACCUGUACUUCUAUCUUGCAUUUGCCAAGUGUCUAAGACCUCUUUCUGCAUGCUUAUGGCUGGAAGAUGUAUGCAGAGUUGAGAACCUGCAGAUAUGUAGUUUUUUGUUAAAUAGUAGUUAUUUAGAGCUGUGUCAAGAAAGUGAACAUUAUUUAAAAUGCAUGAUCAUUUCUCAUCCUCAAGGUAAAUGCACUGCAAGCUGAUCUGAACAAACUGCAGGGUCAGCAAGUCUCUCUGCAGUUAGAGCACAAGGAACUCAAGAAGAAGCAGCGUCGCUCAGAAAGAUAUUACACUAACAAACAAACAAAGGAUGGUGGCUCACAGAAUGACAGUGUGCAAGGUGAUGAUGUAGAAAUGGUUGGAGAUGUGUCACUGCAAGAUGAUCUUACUCAAGAAGAUGAUCGAUCAGAGGAAGGUUGGUUUACGGAGAUCUCAGAAAUUUUUAAUUUUAAAGUUCCUUAUAUAAAUUAUGCUUGCAGGAUUUUAUGAAUGCCAUCUUUACAAGAUGUUGAUUAGUGUACAAAAAGUUUAGUUCACAGGAUUUUGAUUACAGCCUUCAGGCCAAAUUUCAAACUUUUCGUGAGACGAACUAAACUUUAACAUGGGUCGACCUAAAUUAAGUUUAGAUUGUCUGUUGAGUCAGACAUUGAGCUUAGGACGAUGCUGUCAAACCAAUCAACUGAAUCAGGCCAAAGAGCAAUUUUAGCCAGCUAGUUGUUAAUUUUCUCCUAAACGAGACUAAAUAUACGCUAUCACACAAAUUUUUAAUUUGUUAGUUUAGUUUGUCACAUAUAAAGAUCGAUGUAUGUCCCGUACACAGUCUCUAGACAUUCUCUCUGUGAAGCAGACGGAUUGAACAUGUUGGACGAUCCAAACUCAUUCCGACGAACUUAACUGAGCCAGACGUCGAUCUUUUCAUGUACAUUACUCACUAAGUUUGGCUCGUCUCAUGAAAAGUUUGACAUUUGGCCUAGGCCCCAGUGAUUUUUUUAUGCAGUUUCAUUCAAGGUACAUGCAUCUGUUUUAGUGUUGCUUACGUCUGAGCCUUACUUUAAAUUCAAAAUAUUUUUUAUGAAACAAAUAGGACUUGGUGAGGAUAAUGAUGAUGAUGUACAGGAGACCAAUGGAGAUCAAUCAAGGACAAUUUCAGUUCCAGAGGCUGUUGUUACACAGAUACUGCCCCCUGCUACAGGUAAAUACACCUACAGCACGUUGAACAACAGGAAUCUGAUGACCAUUCAUGUUUUUCAAACUUUCUCUGCAGUCUGUUGUACCACUGUAGAUGGCUCAGCUGUAGUGGCUCCCCUGCCCAGGGCUGUCAUAAGGGGCCAGGAAUUUCCUCCGGCUGCUAUAAGCAUGACAUGCAGCCAAUUUCAUUAAGCAAUAGACCACACUUUGUAAUGGGUUUACCGGGUAAACCCAUAGAAAGUGUGGUCUAUUGCUUUUUAUAAAAUAACUUUAAGUUUUCUAUGAGUUUACCAGCACAAUAAACCAUAGGUUUUUAACCAAUCAGAAGGCACUUACUAUCUGAGUUAUUUUAUAAAAUGGAAUAUUGCACAUACCAGACAGUUAACACACAUGUAAUAUUCUUCUUAUGAGUUUAAACCACUGUUGAUGAUCCUUUUGACCUUGGAGUUGUAAAUGAUUAUAUUGUUUUCAUACAUGUAACUCCAGUCUUACCUAUGUAAGUAUCGUAAUUUUAAAGUACUGAAUUUCUGGAGUGCAAUUUACAGCCUUCAUCAUUGUCAUCACUAUGAUGACACUGAAUAUAAUUUAUUGCUCAAGACUCAUGUUUAACUUAAGCAGGCUAGUGGCCAGUGAAAGACAUUUUUCAAAUGAAUUUUGUUGUGAUGAUGGUACAUUUACCUCCUCUGUAAACUUUAGCUCCUAGAACACACUAUGGUUAGUGUAUUUGUCACUUAAACUGUUAAAUUUGUGCGUGAAACCCCGUGGCAUUGUCAUUCAAAUAAACCUUCACUAGUAAAACUCUUGAACCUGUCCACAAUGGCCGCCGUGGGGACAGAAGAAUGUGGCCGUUGUAGAGAGGUUUAGAAUAAAAGUCAAUGUAUAGAUUAUCAAGAGAAGUGGCCAUUGUGGAGAGGUGGCCAUAAGUGAAAGUUCAACUGUACUUCACUGUAUUCUGUGGAAUUUAUCUGAGUUUUUGAGUGAAUUUUUUGCUUUGGCCACUACACAGUAUUACAUUGUAAUAGUGAAAGGGUUACAUCUAGGUUUUCUGAGAAGAGAAUGCAGAACUAAAAUUGAAUUUUCGUCUGCUGUAACACUGUAAGAUAUGUAUACCUGUAGUUACCCUUCAAUAAUCAAUGUUUGCUUUUUCGUCGUUGCACUGUAGGUAUUCCAACAACAUCAUCUAACACAGUUAAUCUACCUCAGCGCCAGGAGCCUCUGAACUCAGAAGAGGAUUCAUCAGUUAGAGCAUUAUACACUGCGUUUAUGCCCCAACACCUACAGGUAAAAAUUUGUCAGUGAUAAUAGUAACGAGUUUAAUAACUACAUUUAUUUAAAUAAUGAUACUUAAUGCAUCAUUAUAUUGGAAGUGUAAAUUUUCAGUGCUAAAGGCUCAUGUUACUGUCAAACUGAGAAAACCGUGAACACUGAGAAAAUUUCAGGAAUGUUGAUUGUGCACUGGUCAAUCACAAUAAAGUUCAGGACACGCAAGCAAACUUCAAACCACAAACUAAUCACCGUCGUUGUUUGCAGUUUUGUUUUGCCUUAUUGGCGUAUUUCUCGCAACACAAUAACAUUCCAUAAAUAUUUCUGGUGUUCACGGUUUUGUGAGUUUCACAGUAAAAACCCCUCACAAUCAUACAUUUAUAUAUUUUUUCUUGUCACAUGUUCUUUGAAGCAUAGCCUUCAUUACCCAGUUACUGUACAUGUACCCUGGUCCCAGAGGUUUUUCUUGAAAGUUUUCUUCGCAAAAGAGAGAGCGAGCUGUGAAGCGUUGACAGUGAGUUGCAAAGUGGAGAGAGAGAAAGACCUCGUUACCUUGGCCUUGAAUCUCACUUUCAAGCAGACAACAGCAAUACUGACUUACUGCAAAGUCUGAAGCUCAGUUUCAAUUACUGCAAGAACAGUGCACAUAGACGUCAAUUGUUAAUAGGAAGUCUGGUUGAAAGGGAGAGGGACGGGAUGUAAAAAUGUACUUUCUGUUUUGGAAGAGAGUAUAAUGACUGUCUGAUGAGAAGCGUUAUACCACUUUUCAUGUAUUCCAUUGAGAAGGGUUACUUCUGUGAUAGGGGCUUGCUGAAAAUACCUUUUGCUUUUGAGCCAUACAUACAAUCUGGUGUUCUAAAACAAGACAAGUUACCCUAGUUAUCAUUCACAUGUUGUAAUGCUACCCUACAUUUCACUAGUCAUCAUAUAGAACAGUUAGGUUCAUUGCAACAAAAGCAAGAAAAAACAUCAUUAAAAAAAAUUGAAGUAGGCCCAGUGCUCUGAACUUGUACAAUGUAAAAGCAAGGGUGCUCAGCGUAGGAUUUUUAUCGAAAAAAAAAGAUUUCCUGAUCACCCAAGAUCAAAAGUAAGGCACCUGAGGCCACCAGGUGCUGCUAGAACUCAGCCUUGGUAUUUGGUUCACAGUUCCAAGCCAAGUGUCCACAUUACCAAAGCAAAAGUUGUCCAUGUCAUAGAGGCAGGGAAUGUAUAAAAUUUGGUGCCUUUGCAAACAAGAAAAUUUCCUGUUCUGGGGAGGUGUCCCUCUAAUUCCCAAGAGUGACUUAAGUCAAUUUUCUCCCAACAAAAUCAAUACAUAAUCAAGGGAAAAUGUUGUGACAAUAAAUAAAAUAAUCACCUAAUCAGGGCUUCUGAUAUUUCGCGGAAAAAAACGCAAAAUUUCGCGGGAUUUUCAGGGGCAAAUUCGCGGAAAAAUCGGCCGAUUUCGCGGGAUUUUCGCGGGAAAAAAAGGCAAAAUUCGCUCAAAAAUCGGCCGAUUUCGUGGGAGAAAAGUCAAAAUUUGCAGAAAAAUCGGCCAAUUUCGCGGGAUUUUAGCGGAAAAAAGUCAAAUUUUGAAGGAUUUUCGGGGCAAAUUCUUAGAAAAAUCGGCCGAUUUCACGGGAAAUUUUGGGGGAAAACUUCUCCAAGAAACAAUCAGUAAAAAACAGCCGAUUUCGCUGGAUUUUUUUGGCAAAUUUCGUUAAAAUCGAUCAAUUUUGCGUUGAUAUGACCAGCACUGUUUAACGUCUUUUUAACAGGGAUAAUCAUUUGCUCUUUCAACAACAGUUCACUCGAGAAAUGAGCGAAUGCUAAAGUUGUUAACAUUAUGGUUAGUACCCAGUUGUUCGCAACGUUCAUCUAAGAACGCCUGGUAGUUUUGAGACGUUGUUUACUCGUUGCAGUAACGAAGUUUCAAGAUAAAUUUGGACAUUUGGGGUGAAUAGAACAGGUCUAAUAGCCAAGAUAAGUAUUAAAUAUGUUUUGCCGACAUGUAUUUGGAAAUAUUUCUGGCGGAUUUAGCGGUAUUUCGUGUUUUUUUGGGAAUUUCGCGGGAUUUCACGGAAAUACCUGAAUUUCGCGGGUCCGCGACCGCGCGAAAUAUCAGAAGCCCUGCCUAAUGGGAAAAGCUUAGAUAUAAAGACAAAUUCUCUUAACAAAUUCUUCAAGGAAAUGUAUGGAGAUCAGUGUGGAGAAUUUAUAUUUGGAUAUUAGGGCUUAAAGGGUUAAGGAGAGUUUUGAAUGUAGUUUAAUAAGUUGUGCUAUUUUCUUGUGUGGCAGACGGAGGUAGUACAGCAAGUCCAACAGCAACCAGAAGGUGGUCACAGUCACGUCAUGCAAACUGGUUAUUCGCCAGCACUGGUAAAUGCUGCUGUGUCUUCUGAUCCCACUAUUAAUGCCUUGUUAAGUCUGGGCGCAAAAGACAAGGUUUUGUUGCCUGGAAUGCUGCCACCUGGUGUCUCUGUGGCAGCUGUUCCAGUCACCUCCGGAGUAGCUGUUACAACUCAAGGGAUUACAGUGGUAAUGCCUGGUCAAUCAUUGCAAGGGAAUGUGAAUGUACCGUGGCAGUGAUGUGGUACUCUGUACAGUCUAGUUGUAUCAUGAAGUUCUUUGUCAGUUGCUACAUAAGGGCUUUGACACACAGCUUUAAACAAAGGGGCUAUGUCACGGCUUUAUAAUGCCAGUUAUGCGGCAUUCAAAAUAAUUCCUAGUUUAAAAACAAGCUAAAACACGCUUUAAUCCCUCCAUCGAUGUUAAGUUCAUGUUUGAUAGUGCAUGUUUAUUGGCAAAUUUAGCAGGUCGAAUUCGGGUCUGCAAAUAUUCUCCAAAUAGCAGAUGUCAUCCAUCAAGUUGUCUUCUUGCUGUUCUUGCCAUGUUUUUAGCCAAUAGUUCACCUAAUUCUUCCUUGUGAAACUAGUGAAAUGUUCUGCCAUUUUAUGGUCACUACCAGAGCAACUCAACCUUGUCCCCAGGUCUUCUCGGUUAACGGUUCAAUAAUCUGACAAUUUUGCUGUACAAGUGACAUCUUUUUUCACAUAUCACAAAAUUCUUCCAAAUUUGGUUGACAGUGGCUGGUUGUGAUGAAUUUUGCAUGGUUUUUAGCCAAUCAGAAAUGGAGAAAUAUUUUGAAUGAAUAAUAAUGCCAGUUAUGCAUCUUAUUUGCUACAAAACUUGACAAAUUAUCUGUGAAUUACAAAAUCACAGCUCCCAAGCAUAAUAUCAAUCAUUACAAACAACAAAAAUGAACCUUGAAAAACUGUUAGGCUAACAAUUUUUCAAAAAUGACGAUUGCAAUCUCUUUCAAUCUUCCUCAAGUUUGUCUGUCAGGGCUUCGUUUGGUAUUCUCUGUGUUAUUUAAACUUUUUCUAACUUUUUAAGCAUUUUUUUUAUGUUUCACUCUGACAGUUUGGUUGAAUUUUCCUAAAUUUUGUGACACAGCUCCUUUAAUUUUAAUUCAAACUGUGAUAAAAGCCAUACUAUCUUUUCUUAUACAAAAAUCUGUGUACAUAGUAAUAUUGAGGGGGUGCGUGGACUAAGGCUACAAAUGUGAUUUGAGAAAAGGAAUCUGCUACUCUGUAGUUAAUCACAAAGUCAGUUGUGGCCUUUUUUUCAGGCACUCUUUCAAUAAUAAUAUUAUAAUAUAAAGUGUGGAAUAUACCACCACAAGUUUUACUUGAUUGUUUUGAGGAUAAUAUGGGAUCAUUCUGUUUAUCGAUAGCAGAGUUCCCUUGCAUGCCGUACGUCAGAAUAUAAAACCAUCAAGUUGAAAUCUAAAGUUUGUGAUUAACGCAGGCACAGGACUACCCAAGUUGAUUACACUCGUGUUUGUUUGUAAGAUUGUAUGACUAAAAUUUAAUAUUGUCAUAGCUAUAUGAAUACUAUAUGUUCGGUAUACAUGAUUUUGGAUAGUUAAAUCUCUGUGCAUUGAGGCCCCACCAAACAGGGGCACCCAACGACGGUUUCCUCCUAAAUACAUUGAAAACACUUAUUAGGCUAUCCAGAGUACUCUUGGAUCUCAAAAAAUGUAUUCUAAGCAGCGCUAUAAAAUUUGUAUUCUACUUCUACUAUAUUACUUCGCAAAGCCUGUACAGCAUCACGCGAAGGAUCCGUAUAUCAAGGUUGACCACAACACCGGGGUCUACGACCCCUACUCUUUACGAACAGUGUGUGGGUUCUUUAACGUCCCACAGUAUUAAUAUAGGCAAGGAUUGUGAGAUGGGGCCUGUAUUUGUUUGGUCAUCCUAGAGGAACUUGAGUCUUUUCAGUAUUUUUUCAGUAUCAUUUUACUGAAAAUUUUAGAUCCAAUUUAACUUAUUACGAAAGUGAGAAUAGUUUUUCCAAUCCGAACAUUUUAUGCUUAGCCGAACCUGGGGACUGAAAUGUGAAAAAUUAAGCCUCAGAAAAUCGUAGGCAAUUUAUUAGAUAAGCUUGGAAAAUUGUACUUGAAUGAAAUGGUCAUCUAGGAAUUUUUUAGCUGUCCUCAAGUAAUAGAAAAUUCUAGGCAAUAUUUGGUUCUCUGAACAGAUAUUUACAUGUAAUCGAAAACAGUCGUUGGGUGCCCAUGACCAAAAGUCUUUCCUAAAUACAGUCGACUCUCUCUUAACGGACACCUAGAGUUGGUCCCUGCCUUUCUGUACUCCUUUUAUUUGACUCUCUAUAAGACGGACACCUCUCUAAGAUGGACACUUAGUGCUGGUCUCAAAGGUGUCCGUCUUAGAGACAGUUGACUGUAGUAUAUAAUUAUCAGAGUGUAGUUCUAGUGUACUUAUUUUAUCAUAACAGUACAAUGUAAUUUGCAAUAGAAAUUAGACACUUAUUUUUAAUGAAAUUAUGUCAUUUGACAUUUCUAAGUGGCGACAUAGCCUUUUACCCGGUUGAUCUAUUCUGUACAAUUGCGCUUGCCCUUUGUUAGUUUCAGGGAUCAUGCAUAUACACCGUGGUGAUCACUGAUGUACAAGUUUUGUUCAUUAGAUUGAAAUGACACUGCAGAGUCAUUGUGGUAUAGCAGGCAGUGCUUUUGAUGUCACUAGGAAACACUU